ACAGUGAGGGAGGGCAAAAAUGCCUGAGCUCAGAGAGAGAGUGAAGAGCGACUAAGAGAAGGAGGAAAGGCGGUAAGCAAUGUGAGUCCAGAUUACCACCAAGGCAGGAGCAGAGCGGACAGAAAUACAGGAAUACAAGCUCUCCUAUCAUAUUCUCUACUUGUGUCAAUUUAAAAGGAGAAAAGAAGAGGAUUAAAAACUCGAAAGGGUGAAAAGAGGAGGAGGGGGAAAACAAGAGCAGAGGAGCAGAAGUAAUGUGCUACCAACAGCGAGCGUUUCAGAGGACAGUGUUGUCACAGAUGAGGAGGUGAUGCGUGUGAGCGUGUGGGUUUGCAACACAGCAGCGACAAGGGUGAUGUGUGUGUAAAGUAAACCCCCCACACCUACAAAUCCCCAACACCAUCUACUGAGACUUGGCCUGAGGUUUUGCAAGCCAUGGUGAGGACCAGGAGCUAGCUGACAUCCUGCUGAACACUAUGGCCCAGGCUAAAGAGAAGAGAGAUGGCAUAUUGUCAUCCAAUGAGAACAGGUGUCGGCCACUAUCAUCAAGCGAGGUGGAGGGCGUAUUGUGGCACGGCCCACGGACAAUUUUUCUGCAGAAGAACCCACAGGGAUUUGGCUUUACUCUGCGGCAUUUUAUUGUCUACCCACCAAAGUCCUUCCUCAAUAACCUUAAGGAUGAAGAGAAUGGAAAUGGAAAUGAAAAAGGUUGCCAGAGGUCUUGGUUGGAGCCAAUGGACACGAUCUUCGUGAAGAGUGUGAAAGAAAAUGGUCCUGCCCAACAAGCUGGACUGUGUACAGGGGACAGACUGGUGAAGGUGAAUGGGCAGAGCAUUCUGGGGAAAACCUACUCUCAGGUUAUAGCACUCAUCCAAAACAGUGAAAACAUUCUGGAGCUCUCUAUUAUGCCAAAAGAUGAGGAUGUGUUGCAGUUGGCAUACUCCAAGGACGCCUACAUGAAAGGCAAUGAGCCAUACUCAGGUAAAGCCCGAAACCUCCCAGAGCCACCACCUCCUUACUAUCCGUCAAACAAGCCCAGCUCUACUUCCUCACAGACUAGCCGCAACAUUUACAGCUCCCUUGACAACUGGCAGUGUCGAACCAGCCCUGUCACCCCACCAUUAGACAACCGCCGCCCUGCUGCUUCUACUCCCCCCGAGUGUUGGUUUAGGAGUCCUGAGGAUCCAAGCGUUCGAUUUGCCCCAUUGGGGGGACACCGCGGACGGUCCUCAUCUGCCGUUACCGCACUGGACUUUCACUUUGUUAACCACAAUGCAGCCAUCGCUUCUGCAACUCUACCUCCACCUCGGAAAGCUCCUGCCCAUGUUCAUGUUGGCACCCUCUACCACCAGCAACUGUCAGACUAUAGCCACAUUCAUGGCACAGAAUGCAUCUCACCCCAGUAUCGCAGUAUAUCUCAGGAUCAUUUAGCUGAGCUGGGGUUGGGCUUAACAGUUACUCCCAAACCAUCAGCUACUGCUGUGGCUUCUUUAGAGCAACGGAGAAGAGAAACCUUCCUGCAUCACCAGGCAGCUGCUGCUGCCCACUAUUCCUGUUGGUUCAGCAGCUGUGGUAGUUCAUCAGGACCAGCAAAGAAGUCCUGUUCAGAGACCCUGCUGGCAGCCUAUGCCGAAUAUGAGCACAACUACGGACGUUCUAUGGAAACACUGGCCCAAGCCUCCGCUCUGGUCAGUCCACAUUCUGAACAGACUUCACAAAGCUCCAACAUGAUAAAAUUCAACAUACAGAAAGACCUCAGAACCUCAGAACCUCAGCACCAAAGCACAGGAAAAUCAUCUAUCACAACUGCUUCUACGGGGCCUCCCAGUGAGAGACAGUCAGGUCAGCAAGUAGCAGAGCCCCAGAAAAGGAGAGGAAGAGAGGAAGAGCAAGUGGGCUACAAAAGCUACAGCCCUACUUUUUCCCACAAAGCUGGUCAUGUCUUUCAGCAAGCCCACUCCUUUAGAGAGCCUGGCUACAGCAGCCCUCACCUUGACUGGAGGCCUGCCACCAGAGACAGCCCUGCUGAUACUGAUGUAGGGUCCAAGUUCAUUACCCCUCAGUCUGCAUCAGAGGAGGAGAUAAUGGAGCUUGGGGAGCACCGAGAAGUCAUCUCCCCUGUAUCCGUGACUCAAGAGGUGGUCCUAAGGCAGAAGCUGCCUCCAGGUCGUCAUACACCCAUUCAGACUCUGCAACAUUCGAACUACAACACACCUGUGGAGUCCACAGAGCUGCCUGGUUUGACACUCUGCACCUCUCCUGUUCCUGCAGAGACUAUUCCCAACCGCAGGUCCAGCGGCAACCUGGCACAGAAUGUAUUUGAUUCCUUAUCCUCUAUUCCCUUCAUAGGUAGUAUUAAAAAUCGACGAUCCUCUUACCUACUCGCCAUCACCACUGAGAGAUCCAGGUCCUGUGAUGAAGGUCUCAACACCUUCAGGGAAGAAAGCCCUGUCUUCUCAAACACUCAUCUGCACCAGAGCUGCCGCAUUUUGGGUCCUAUUUCAUAUUCCACACAGCUUGCCCCGGCAAACCGUGACAGGAACCCAGUAACCACUGUCUUUUCUUUGGAAAGUCUGCAAGCCCAAGAGGAUGCCCGAUCCAAGCGCCACUCCACCUCUGAGCUGGGUAUCAUCACCUUCAGUGAUGUUCACAAGGAGGGCUGGCUGCACUACAAACAGAUUCUGACAGAGAAGGGAAAGAAAGUUGGUGGGAGUAUGCGACCGUGGAGACGCGCCUUCUCCGUUCUCCGCUCCCAUUCACUCUUCCUUUACAAAGACAAGCGAGAUGCAGUGAUUCACGGGGCAGGAGCAGGACCCGGUCAGGUUGAACAUUGUCCAAUCAGCAUCCGCUGCUGCUUGAUUGACAUUGCCUACAGUGAAACCAAGCGGAAACACACCUUGAGGUUGACCACGCAGGAUUUCUGCGAGUACCUGCUUCAGGCCGAGGAUAGCGAUGACAUGCUGGCAUGGAUCAAGGUUAUUAGGGAGAAUAGCAAAACAGAUAACGAGGAGAUUGGUUUCUCAAGACAGGCUCUCAUCAACAAGAAGCUGAAUGACUACAAGAAACACAGUCUGACAGGUAGUAAGCUAGACUCCUCUCCCAGAGCCCAUCGUAUGAUGCCGCCCUUCUUUCUGGCAAAAACUGACAACACUUCAGUGAACAGAGCUUCCAGAUCUGGAGGGUCUAAACAUGACUCUGAUGAUAACAAGGCACUGUGGAGCAUUAACAUCAUGAAGAAGGCCAAGAAGACAGGUGUUCCAAAGGCUUUUGGUGUACGUCUCGAGGACUGUCAGCCUGCUGUCAACCAUAAGUUUGUUCCUCUAAUAGUGGAGAUGUGUUGUGGUGUUGUAGAGGCAACUGGUCUGGAGUACACUGGUAUAUACCGUGUACCAGGCAACAAUGCCAUGGUGUCUAACUUGCAGGAGCAUCUCAACAAGGGCAUGGACUUGAACACUGCUGAAGAGAGAUGGCAAGACCUGAAUGUUAUCAGCAGCCUACUUAAAACAUUCUUCCGAAAACUGCCUGAGCCUCUGUUUACUGAUGAUAAAUACAAUCACUUCAUUGAUGCCAACCGGAUUGAAGAUGGAGAAGAGAGAUUAAAGACAAUGAACAAACUGAUCCAUGACCUGCCAGAUCAUUAUUAUCACACCCUUAAGUUUCUGUUGGGUCACCUCAAGAAGGUAGCAGAUCACUCUGAAAAGAAUAAGAUGGAGCCAAGAAAUCUAGCCCUGGUGUUUGGACCCACUCUGGUGAGGACAUCAGAGGACAACAUGACAGACAUGGUCACCCACAUGCCUGAUCGCUACAAAAUAGUAGAGACCCUUAUCCUGCAUUAUGACUGGUUCUUCAGUAAUGAAGAGCUUGAUAAAGAAGAGAAGGCCCCAGAUGAUAAUUGGGACAUACAGCCUUUGCCCAACAUUGACCAUCUGCUGACCAACAUUGGCAAGCCGGGCAUGCCAAGAGAGGCAUCAGGUUCCACCACCAGCGAUUCUCUUAAGUUAAAGCUUUCCUCUGCAUCCAAAAAAGAUCCGAACACCAAGUCCAUCAUCGCUGCCGUCACCCACAAACAUAAAAAAAGUCCAAGUAUCCACACGGUGAGCAGAAACACUGAUGAGAUUUCUGCGCACGAACCAGCCAAAGCCAGCAACAAUGGUGAAGGAGGGGUAGGGGAAAAAGAAGAAAGAGGAGAGCUAGAUGAAGUCGAGGGAGAACAAACCAUCCUUAACACUGAAAAAAGGAUAGAGGGAAAGAUCUCACUUGUAGGAGGAGAAGAAGCUAAAGCAAAAGGAGCAGGCAGUGAUGCAAAGAUGUCAAAAAGGAGGAACAGCCAAAGAACCAACUUACCACCAUCACAGCUUUAUCCAAAUAGAGGAUCUGACUCAACCCGUCAGAUCCACACCGCAUGCUCAAAAUCACCACCUCUCAGGAACCCUCCUUCCCAUUUUAAUCACAGUCUGGCCAGAGGAUAUCAGACCAUUCCUUUCUGGGUAUUACCCACCAGGUCACGCAACAUCAGCAGCCAGAGUGGAACUGCUCAGCACCAGUCAGCACCAAUCUGCUAUAGGAAAACUAGAGGUGGGAGGACAAGGGCUGUGUCCAUGAAUCUUGACCUUGAGCUGGGCAGGAAUGAGGAUAGUGUAAGAGGAUGCAGAGAUGAUAGGGUGAAGGUAGUCAGAAUGACUGAGGGAGAGCCAGGUCCCAGGUCCCUACCUCACUGUGCACAGAAGCUUCCCUCUCUCAUCUCCUCUUCAUCAGGAUGGAUAGAUCAGAGUUCCUCAGGACAUUCCACUGUCAUCCUAAGGAGAUCAGGCCUAGACCUGCAGGACAAGCUGAGAGCAUGGCGUCGCCACACAGUGGUAGUUUAACCAGUCUGUUUCAUCCACACUAAUGAAUACCAAGCACUUGGCCUUUACUCACUAACACUGUGUCGCAGUUGUCCACAAGCAGGAAAACUGUCUCCAGAAUAUUCUAUUGGAGAUGUAAUGUGUCAUUGGAAAAAAAUGUCAUUGUGUGCAAUUGCAAUGUCAUUCCAAAGUGACAACAAUAAUGCACGGUACUAGGAUCUUUAUCUUAUUUUCACAUACUGCACUCCCUCCCAUCUGCUGCGGAUUUUUCUCUCCUACAAAUAUGGUCAGAAAUAAAACUGCGUAAAAUCAAAUCAAAUAUACACUUCUUCAAAAAUGAGGAAGAAAAUAGCACUCCUGACAACAACUGAUGUCAGACACUUCAUAUAAACCAUAUAAAAGAUGGAGGCUAGCUACAUUAGUGAGAAAGCUGCAUUCAUAAUCUUGUGAACCAAAAAAAAGUCCACGCACAUCUUCCUCUGUCAAUGGAGCAGGUGCAGAGCUGAAGAAAUGAGAUGAAGAAAUAAUGGUUUGCACACUACAGAACUCUAGAUUCAUUAUUUAUUGCAUGCAAUAAAUAAAGAGGCUGUAACCUUUUGGAAUGAAAACCUACAACAGUAUAAAUGUAAAAGUGCUAUGUGGUACCACAGCAGACAUUUGAAAUUUAGCUGAAGAGCUGUUGCUGCUCUAGUUAUAGCAAGUCAAAGUAAAGAAUUCAUCUUUGUUUUUCUCUGCAGCCUGACUCUGAAAUAACUGGUGUUCCUUUUGCCUUCUGGUUUUGACUAAUCGCCACUCUUAGUCUCUCGCUGUAUGAUUGGACUUUUUAGACUAAAAAAUACUUGCAUGGUCAAAACAAAUACAAAUAUGCAAACCUUAAGUGUACAGUAAGACUAUUGUGUUUCCCAGUAUGUGUGUGUGUGUUGCAUGAGGAGGGCCAGACCUAUAAUAAAACCUGUUUCGUCAUACGUUUUCAGGGCAGCUAUGUGAAGUCAUGCCAAUUUUUUUGUGUUUUUUUUUUCUCUGUUUGUGUAAUCAUACAGUGUCAGCAGUGUGCAAACAUGAUAAAUAUUUGUUGUUUGUCAUAUUGUGAACUCAUACUUAAUGUCAGUGUUACAGAGACAAGAAAGCAGCUAAAAGCAGCAAGCAAACCACGUCCUUAAAUCCAAAACCACACAGUCUCAUCUGAGUGAUGUUAGCUUUUUGUUCUUUUUCACAGCUUCGGUAUUUUUUUGAUUCCUUCCCAGAACUUGAGUUUUGUAAAAACAAGUUUCAAGAAUGAAAAAUUGGAAUGGUUAAAAAAAAUGUGUGUGACCUAAACUGACAUUAGCUGUGGUCAAACCAGACUCCAUGUUUGUAUAUCUAGAAUCUGUCUGUCUUCUCUGUCUGUGCCCUGGUGCAUGUAACUCUGUACAAGUGUUGCAAAAUUGGUCCACGCAAAGUCUUGUUAACCUGUGUAUAUAAAUAUUAUACAUAUUAAAUUAUUUGUAUUGAAA